AUGGAAAACAUUGGAAAUCUUCACGGUGUACCUCACUCCCAUCAAACCAGCGACUUAAUGAACUCCCAACACGCGCGCCAGUCUUCGGCGUCGCAUCGAAACUUGGUGUCGCAUGGACGCUCGGCCAUGGUGUCCAGCAUGGCCUCCAUACUGGAGGGAGCGGGGGACUAUCGCACUGACCACUCUCUGUCUGGACCCCUGCAUCCUGCCAUGAGCAUGUCCUGCGACUCCGGCAUGAGCCUGAGCAGCACCUACACGAGGCUGACGCCGCUGCAACACCUGCCCCCCAUAUCCACUGUCCCCUACACGCCGCUGACGCCGCUGCAACACCUGCCCCCCAUAUCCACUGUGUCGGAGAAAUUUCACCAUCCACACCCACAUGCUCACCAUCAUCCGGCCCACCAGCGACUCACUGCCGGGAACGUCAGCGGCAGCUUUACCCUAAUGAGGGACGACCGAAGUCUCGCGUCUAUGGGUAACCUUUAUGGCCACUAUCCUAAAGAUAUGUCCGGCAUGGGGCAGCCUCUGUCCCCUCUGUCAAACGGUCUGGGGUCUUUGCACAGCUCCCAGCAGACUCUCAGCGCCUACGGCCCUGCAGGGGCUCAUCUCUCCAACGAUAAGAUGCUCUCCUCGGGGGGCUUUGAGUCCCACGCAGCCAUGCUGUCCCGGGGCGAAGAGCACCUGGCCCGGGGUCUCGGUGGCCACGGUGCCGGGCUCAUGAGCUCCUUGAACGGCAUACAUCAUCACAGCCAUCCGCACUCUCAGGCAAACGGGUCCAUGCUGUCAGACAGGGACAGGCAGACGGUGGUGGGAGGCGGGCAGGGAGCAGGGUCAGGGCAGGUGGAGGAGAUAAACACCAAAGAGGUGGCACAGCGAAUAACAGCAGAGUUGAAGCGUUACAGCAUCCCCCAAGCCAUCUUCGCUCAAAGGAUCUUGUGCCGGUCCCAGGGAACUCUGUCAGACCUGCUGCGGAACCCUAAACCGUGGAGUAAACUCAAGUCUGGCCGGGAGACCUUCAGGAGGAUGUGGAAGUGGCUGCAGGAGCCCGAGUUCCAGAGGAUGUCAGCGCUCAGGCUCGCAGCCUGCAAGCGUAAAGAACAAGAGCAACACAAGGACCGCAACACCGCUCCAAAAAAACAACGUCUGGUCUUCACUGACCUGCAGCGCCGCACGCUCAUCGCCAUCUUCAAGGAGAACAAGCGUCCGUCCAAGGAAAUGCAGAUCACCAUCUCUCAGCAGCUCGGCCUGGAGCUCAGCACCGUCAGCAACUUCUUCAUGAAUGCACGCCGUCGCUGUGUGGACCGCUGGCACGACGACCAUGGCGCCAGCCCCGGGCAGCCUGGCACGUCUGCCACCACCUUCUCCAAGGCCUGA